AUGAAAACCGGAAAUUCUCCAGCCCGGGAAAAUGUGUUUUUCAAAUGAGCAUAAUUUCAUAAUGCCUUGAAUGUUAUUCACCUGUAAUCCAAAAUGAAGACAAACACUCGGAUGAAUCAGAUUCCCUACAGAAAUGGAUCUUUAUUCUGAUCAUGAAUGGCACAGUUAUCCAAGGCACACCCAUUGCUGUGGACUUUUGGAAGAUCAGAGAAUGUCCUUCCUCAAAACUCUUUUUUCUUACCCAUCUUCAUGGUGACCAUAUUGUUGGCCUUUCAUCAUCAUGGAGACAUACUAUUCAUUGUUCUCCAAUGACAGGAGAGCUCCUGACUCAGUUGUAUGGAAUUGAGGAAUCCCUUGUACGACCUUUAGAAGUCGGUACUUCACAUAUCCUUGACCUUGACGACGUUGAUUGUGAGAAGAUGUUGGUGACAGUUUUUGAUGCUAACCAUUGUCCUGGUUCAGUCAUGUACUUAUUUGAAGGCUAUUUUGGUCGGAUAUUACACACAGGAGAUUUUCGUCUUUGUGACAAUAUGAUGAGCCAAUCAAACAGAGCGUUGUUUAAUGACAUUGACCUCCUGUACUUGGAUAAUACCUACUGUUCUCCCAAUUGUGUUUUUCCAUCUAGAGAUAUUGCUUUGAAUGAAAUUUUGUCUAUAAUUAACUCACAUCCUCAUCAUACUGUGGUUGUCGGAAUGCGAAAUCUUGGGAAAGAAGACAUGUUGGCCAACAUCGCACUGAAAUGUAAGGAGUGGAUAUCCAUCCCAGCUACAAUGGAGCAACGUGUUAACCUGCUCAAACUGCCCAAUGUGUUUGUCGUAGAUGAUGAGAGCUGUAGAAUACGAGUUGUGAAAUUUCAGGCAGUAUCCAAAAAAAACAUUGAUACUUGGAACAAAGUCACUCCAACAAUAGCCAUUCUUCCGACAGCUCUCUAUCAGGGUUUGGGGUUCAACAGUUGCAACAACAAGACCAACAUAUUUACUGUGCAGUAUUCUGAUCACAGCUCCUUUCAGGAAUUACACAAAUUUGUUUCCACGGUGAAACCACACAAAAUUAUCCCAAUUGUUAAGGCAAAUUCAAGGGGACCUUUUGGUGUAGACAUCUCUGACCGCUCUAACAUGGGUUGUUUUUCACAUCUUUUGAAUAAAAAGGAUAGAAUUGGUAUAGUGCUUGAUAUUCCAGAAUCCGUACAAAAAUGGAUGUACAAUGUUUCUAGUAACUACGGCAACUUAAGAAAAAGGAGAAAUGCAAAGGUUUUGAAAGCCAGACAGAAAAAAAAAUCAGUAUCCCAAGCUAGAGGAGUUGUGUUUUCUGACGGUGAUGAAGAUGUGUGUUUUACAACAGUUACUUUGGAAAAUAUCGAUAAUGAAAACAGAGAGAAAAAUGGUUCAGAAAUGUUAAAAAAUAAUGACUACAGCAUAUCACCUUUGUCAAAAAAACAGAAGACAGAGUUAGAAAAUAGGCAACCUCAAGUAAAGAAUACCUUACUGGAUAAAUGGUUGUCAGUGAGUGAUAUGCAAAAAGAUGUAACGAAGAAAGAUAGAAGUCAUCCACGUUAUAGACCAUUGCUUUUCAAGAAGAGCAAAGGAAACAGCUUUAGCUCAGAGACACAAUCAAGAGGGAAUAAAACACUUAUUACUUUAGAUACAUGUAGUAGCCAUUUAUCAACAAAUUCUGAUCAGGAGACAACAAACAACACACCUAUUAAUCUGAAAGAGGAAAAGAACUCAGAUGUUGAAGAUGUGAUCAUCCUUGAUGACACUAGUAGUGAUGGUACAAGUACAUCACUACGAAGGGGAGAUAACUCCACAACAGAUUACAUAAAUUUUGUUGACGACUCAGUGGAUGUCAUGAAAACAAAACAGGAAAACCAUAGAAAAUCACUCUGUAGUGAAAGUUCAGAAGAGGAUAAUAAAAAAAGUGAUCAAUCAUGUUUUCAUAAACCUGAACCGUUUGUUAAGAAACCUUGUAGACAAAGUUCUGAACCUAAAUUUCAGAUGAAGUUCUCUGUAAAGCCAUUGACCUGUGGAAGAAAGAAAAUGUCCAAAGCAAAGUUUUCCUCGAUAUCUGCUGCAGGAGAUAGCAAAGACAAUGUUGUGUUCAGUGUGAUGCCGUUGUGUCAGGGCAGAUAAUAAUCAGUUAAAUACUAUUAGCCAUAGCUGCCUUACUAUAAGGCAUGUCAAUACAAACAUAACUUCCAAGUAAUCAACACGUUUGUAUUCAUGUCAUGCAAUGUGUAUUUCUCUGUUAAUUUAUUAUGGGAAAGAAGAAAUAUUGUUAAGACCCCAGUGACUAU